AUGAUCAAGAUGAUGAAGGGAACUACUCGCGCUCUCAAAAUUCAGUUGCAACGAAUUGACGAGAAGCUGGCGCCGCUUAUGACCAAUGGUACAGAGAGCAGCAGUUCUCCCGACACGUUGGCAGACCUGCAGGACGAGAGAGCUAUGACCGAGCAAUGUCUGCGUAUUGGUGAUGCUGCGGGAGACCUACCUUGA